GGAUAAAUAUUAUAUAUAAAUACGUAGUAGCAGAUAGAGUAGUCUGGUAGUAGAUAUCAGUUUAUUGUCGAUACAUACAGAUUUGGUUUAAUAUAGAGGUUAUAAGAGAUAAUUGUAGUUAUACUUGAGAUAAUGUGCAUAUAGUUUAAUUUUAGAAACCGAUGAUUACUCUUAAGAUACAAAUGAUAACUCCUAUUUUGUAAAGAAUUGUUGUAAACAUAUUCUGCAGAGAUAAAUUGUAUCUUGAAUUAAUGCCGGUGACUGAGAAUCGUGAAUAGUAUUGAAGAUUUCAUAAAGAACAUUUUUCACUGUUAUUUUAUAAAGUCUUAUUUUUAAAGUUAAACAUGUUACGAUUUAUAAACCGAAAGUUAUGUCCAAGUCAAGUGUUGAAUAAAAUUUUAAAAUUUAAUACUAAACAAACGAGAAGCUUGAAUCUACUCGAAUAUCAGAGUAAGGAACUCCUAAGAGAUUGUGGAGUUUCUGUACAAAAUUUUGCUAUUGUGGAUGAUCUAACUAAAGCAAAUUCUGCUUUACAAAAAAUAAGUGCGGAUGAAUAUGUUAUAAAAGCUCAGGUACUAGCUGGUGGCCGUGGGAAAGGAUGGUUUGAUAAUGGUUUCAAAGGAGGUGUACAUCUUACAAAAGAUCAUAAAGCUGUCAUAGAUGUUGUGAAAAAUAUGUUAGGUCACCGUCUUAUUACAAAACAAACUUCAAAAGAUGGUAUAUUGGUACAAAAAAUUAUGAUAGCAGAAUCUGUAAAUAUUGCACGUGAAACAUACAUUUGUAUUCUUAUGGACAGACAACACAAUGGUCCUGUAUUAAUAGCUUCACCAGCAGGUGGUAUGGAUAUAGAAACAGUUGCUGAAAAGAAUCCAGAAUUAAUAAAAACAAUACCUCUUGACAUAUACUAUGGCAUUGAUGAUGAGAUAGCCAAAGAUGUUAGCAUAUUUCUUGGUUUUGUGGAUUCAGAAAUACAACAGAAAGCAAUAUUUGAAUUAAAAAAUUUGUGGAAACUAUUUGUAGAUAUUGAUGCUUUACAAGUUGAAAUUAAUCCAUUGGUUGAAACUACAAAUAAGCAAGUUAUAGCAGUAGAUGCAAAAAUAGCAUUUGAUGAUAAUGCUGAAUUUAGGCAACAAGAUUUAUUUGCUUUAGAAGACAGUGGUACAAAAGAUCCUAGAGAAGCAGAUGCAUCACGUUUCAAUUUGAAUUAUAUUGGUAUGGAUGGCAACAUAGGAUGUUUGGUCAAUGGUGCUGGUUUGGCAAUGGCUACUAUGGAUAUAAUUAAAUUAAAUGGUGGAUCUCCAGCAAAUUUUCUGGAUGUGGGUGGAAGUGUUAAAGAGGAUCAGGUUUAUCAAGCAUUUAGAAUUCUUAGUGAAGAUCCAAAAGUAAAAGCUAUUCUUGUAAAUGUAUUUGGAGGUAUUGUAAAUUGUGCUACAAUAGCAAAAGGAAUUAUUGCGGCAUCUCGUAAUUUAAAGCUUAAAAUUCCAUUAGUUGUUAGAUUAGAAGGUACUAAUGUAACAGAAGCAAAGAAACUUCUUGCAGAGAGCAAGUUAUCAAUUGUUACAGCAAAUGAUUUAGAUGAGGCUGCAAAAAAAGCAGUUUCUUCAGCAAAAACAUAAGUUUGGUAACAUUCUUGUGUAUUAAGUCUAUUAAGACUGGGAAUUUUUGCUUCAAGUACAUAUCUAGAUAAUAUUAACACAUCAAAGACUACCUUUUCUAUUUCUUUUUUAAAAUAAUAUCGUUUAUUUUAGUUUA